AAACAGGAAGAAAUGCUGGCACCACCUUGGCUAGAAUCACUCUUAUCUGCUUCCUUCUUCACCGUCUGCCCUACGCACUCUGAUACACCCAGAAGCGAGUGCAACAUGUUCUGUCUUGAUUGUAACAAGGAUGCAUUUUGCAUCUAUUGCCGAUCUUCCAGACACCAAGAUCAUUCUGUUAUCCAAAUCAGACGCUCGUCGUACCAUGAUGUGGUUAGGGUUUCUGAGAUUCAAAAGGUGUUGGAUAUAAGUGGAGUGCAAACUUACGUAAUAAACAGUGCUAGAGUUCUUUUCUUGAAUGAGAGGCCACAACUCAAGGCUCCAACUGGUAAAGCUGUCUCUCAUUUAUGUAAAAUAUGUGGAAGAAGUCUCUUAGAUCCCUACCGUUUUUGUUCUUUGGGAUGCAAGCUUGAAGGAGUUAAAAGAAAUGGGGAUGCGAUAAAGAAAGAAGAAGAAGAAGAAGAAGAAGAAGAAGAAGAAGGAGGAUCAUAUGAAGGAAGCCAAAGAGAAAUUGUCCAAGACACCCCUCCUUCUCCUCCUCGCCAUACGAAUUCGAGGAGAAGAAAAGGAAUUCCUCAAAGAGCACCUCUGGGGUCCUAA